AUGCUCCGCGCCCGCCGGCGGCCGAGCGCAGACGAGAGGAAUUUUUUUCGUGAGCAUUCCCCGCUCAGUUCAGCCGCUGUCCAGACCCGGGUCGGCGAGAGUGCCGCCUCCACCGGUUCUCCUACCGCUCGGCUGUCAGUCUGAACGCCCCCAGCCCUCCCGCGAGGGCGCCCCGGGACGGAAGGAUCCAGCAGCCUGUCGGCGCCCGCCGUUCUCGUGGUCGCCGUCGCCGUCGUCGUUGUGGUAGUCUCUGCCGUCGCCUGGGCCAUGGCCAAUUACAUCCACGUCCCGCCCGGCUCCCCGGAGGUCCCCAAGCUGGACGUCACGGUGCAAGAUCAGGAGGAGCAGCGCUGCCGGGAGGGGGCCCUGAGCCUCCUGCAACACCUCCGGCCGCACUGGGACCCUCAGGAGGUGACUCUGCAGCUUUUCACUGAUGGAAUCACAAAUAAACUUAUUGGCUGUUAUGUGGGUAAUACAAUGGAGGAUGUCGUCCUGGUGCGAAUUUAUGGCAAUAAGACUGAGCUGUUAGUCGACCGUGAUGAGGAAGUGAAGAGUUUCCGAGUGUUGCAGGCUCAUGGCUGUGCACCACAGCUCUACUGUACCUUCAAUAAUGGACUGUGCUAUGAAUUUAUACAGGGAGAAGCGUUGGAUCCAAAGCAUGUCUGCAACCCUGCCAUUUUCAGGCUAAUAGCUCGUCAGCUUGCUAAAAUCCAUGCUAUUCAUGCACACAAUGGCUGGAUUCCCAAAUCUAACCUGUGGCUAAAGAUGGGAAAAUAUUUCUCUCUCAUUCCCACAGGAUUUGCAGAUGAAGACAUUAAUAAAAGGUUCUUAAGUGAUAUCCCAAGCUCUCAGAUUCUUCAGGAAGAAAUGACUUGGAUGAAGAAGAUUCUUUCCAACCUGGGCUCACCUGUUGUUCUUUGCCAUAAUGACCUGUUGUGUAAGAAUAUAAUCUACAAUGAGAAACAAGGUGAUGUACAGUUCAUUGAUUAUGAAUAUUCUGGAUACAACUACCUGGCAUAUGAUAUUGGAAAUCAUUUCAAUGAAUUUGCAGGUGUGAGUGAUGUAGACUAUAGUCUUUAUCCAGGUAGAGAACUACAGGGCCAGUGGCUGCGUUCUUACCUUGAAGCCUACAAAGAGUAUAAGGGUUUUGGGACUGAAGUUACUGAAAAGGAAGUAGAAAUACUUUUCAUUCAAGUCAAUCAGUUUGCUUUGGCUUCUCAUUUCUUUUGGGGAUUGUGGGCUUUGAUUCAAGCCAAAUACUCCACUAUUGAUUUUGAUUUCCUUGGGUAUGCAGUUGUUCGUUUUAACCAGUACUUUAAAAUGAAGCCUGAGGUUACUGCAUUAAAAGUGCCUGAGUAA